AUCAAAACAGCUGGCAGUUUAAACAACAAUUACAUUUCUUAUUUGACUUAUCAUACAACUUGAAAUGAUAAAGGCUAUUCUUGUUUUUAAUAAUCAUGGAAAGCCGAGGCUAUCCAAAUUCUAUCAGUACUUCGAUGAAAGCAUGCAGCAACAAAUAAUCAAGGAGACUUUUCAGCUAGUUUCGAAGCGGGAUGAUAAUGUCUGCAACUUUUUAGAGGGUGGAAGCUUGAUUGGCGGAUCGGACUAUAAACUUAUCUACCGCCAUUAUGCCACGCUUUACUUUGUUUUUUGUGUGGACUCUUCAGAAAGCGAGCUGGGAAUUCUCGACUUGAUUCAAGUUUUUGUGGAAACGCUCGACAAAUGCUUUGAAAAUGUCUGUGAGCUGGACUUAAUAUUUCACGCCGAUGCCGUCCACCACAUACUGUCAGAACUGGUGAUGGGAGGAAUGGUUCUGCAGACGAAUAUGAACGACAUAAUGGCACGCAUCGAGGAGCAAAACAAGAUCGUUAAGCAGGAGGCGGGUAUUUCGGCUGCUCCCGCUCGUGCCGUUAGUGCUGUAAAGAGUAUGAAUAUUCCGCAACAGAUUAAGGACAUUAAGCUUCCUGAUCUGCCACAGGCAAUUAAAGACUUUAAGUUCUGACAAAUGUAUGUUUCAUAAAUCUCACAACUGUCUAUAAUCUGUUAACACUAAAGCUCGUCCGCUGUAAUAGAUCGACGUAUUCCUUGGAUUUCUUUUUCCGUAAUAUAAGGUCCUAUUUAUUUAAUGUAUCUCCUCCACAGAAUAAAAAUGCAAAUUAAAUGCCAAUAGCA